CUUCCAGAGGAAUUCCAAAGCUUUGUUGGAAAGCUGCCAACGCAUUAUGCCGUAAACACAUCUGUUGUGGAACACUUAUGGAGGACAGAUGCCAGCCUACUCCAGCGCUACAGGCAACUGGAGACCAGCAGCCAGCAGCUCUUCACCAAAGCUCAACGCACUGUCAACAAGCUCUUCAGACUUAGCAAAAGGUGCCGUCAACAGCCCAAAAUCAUCCUGCAGAGGCCGAGGUCUGCGCACUUCUGGUUGAGCUACACCCUCUCCAUCUUGUACUGCAGUGAGAACAACCAAGUGGGUGUCUACAACGACGAGAGUCGCAGAUGCUCCUGCCCCUAUAGUCAUCCGCCAUGCCAAGGUCUCAUCCCGUGCUCCAUCGGCGACGGACCCCGCUGUUCGUCUUGCUCCGCUGAGAAUCGCACGCGAUGCUCCAGCUGCAAUCCCGGCUUCAACCUGAACCAGGGGACCUGCAGGCACGCGGUGCCCGAUCCUACGGACCCUUACUUGGGUCUGGAAAGUGACCAAGACUUGCACGACCUGGAGCUCCGCUACCUUCUUCAGAGGCGCGAUCCGCGCAUCACUCUGCAUGCCGUGUUCGUAAGCAACGACGUGCGGAUAAACACGUGGUUUGACCCGUCGUGGAGGAAGCGGAUGCUCCUGACCCUGAAGAGCAACCGGGUCAAGUCAAAUCGAGUUCACAUGCUCCUUGGAGUCGUCUUGCAGUUUUGCCUCACCAGGAACAGCACCCUCGAGCCAGCUUUUUCGCUCUUUGUGAACCCCUUCGGAGGCAGCCAUUCAGAGAGCUGGACAAUGCCGAUAGGCCAACACGGCUAUCCCGACUGGGAGCGGACCAAACUGGACAUUCCCUUGGACUGCUAUAACUGGACGUUGUCUCUCGGAAACAGAUGGAAGAGCUUUUUUGAGACGGUGCAUUUUUACUUGAGGAGCCGAAUCAAGGACGGCACGUCAAUGGGCUCCAAGAACAUUUCGGCGGACGAUGAUCCUCUGGAGGCGACGGAGCCGCCCAACAACGUGGGUUAUAUGAAAGUGAACAGCAUGCAGCUGUUUGGAUACAGCAUGCAUUUUGACCCUGAGGCGAUCCAGGACUUGAUUCUGCAGAUUGACUACCCGUACACUCAGGGAUCACAGGACUCGGCUCUGUUGCAGCUGGUGGAGCUGCGCUACAGGGUAAACCGCCUCUCGCCUCCAGGGGCCACCCACGUGGAUCUUUUUGCCUGUCUGCUCCGCCACAGACUGAAACUCUCCAGUGCAGACGUGACCAGGAUCCUCACUGCCCUGCAGACUUUUAGUGCCGGACAACCAAGCUAUGUGGAGUACGAGGCGAUUAAACUAUGUAGCUAAUGGCUCCCCUUAUUAUGUUUUCUAUUUUCUUGCCGCAUACAGUACGGGCUUGCAUCCUCUUUCAGCUGGAUCCAUUUGUUGUCAAGUGAAUGGUACGUUGUUCAAGGCUUUGUUGUACAUAAGCUGUGUGCAAUUCAAAUCAGUGCUAAUGUCAAUGUAGUUUUAUGAAUAAAAGAUGUUUAAAUCUUGGGUUUCAA